CUGCAGUCAUUAACCAAGAGGAGAAGAAGAAGAAGCAGGAACACGUCUCUUCUCGUCUGUCGCGACACUUUCUGUUUUUUUCCUUCUUGUGUGAAUUGUUCCUCGCCGGUGACCAUCGGCCUCUCGCGGUGUCCGGUGUCCGGUGUCCGGUCCCUAUUUGUCUGAGGAGAAGAAACUGUUGUCGUCGCCGUCGUCUUCACCUGACCGUCUCUCUCUCAGGACAAGUCGUCCUCAGCCUGUCUCACCUCUCUGUCAUCAACCUCGUCCCGUCAUGUCUCACAACCCGUACCGACUGCCGCCCUCCGACUCCGACCUCCGGCCUCAGUCGGGACCAUUCGGCUCCUCGGACCGCCGCCACCGCCGGCGCCGCUCCUCGCCGGUCCAGGACUUUUACAGGCCACCGCCGCCACAGGAGUCCUUCCCCCCGUCCUCGUCCUCGUCCCGGGGCUCAGCUCAGUCGUGUGCGCAGGACGGCGCUCUCAGCAUCCUGAACAGCUGCGGUCUGGAGCCCAGCGACCUCUCUCUGCUCGCCACGCUCCCAGAGGACGUCCUGACCGUGGAGUCGCUGCCUCACGUCCUCAAGCAGAUCAAAGGGAAGAGAGGGACCGUCAGACCGUUCCCUGAUAACACUCCCUCCUCCUCUUCCUCCUCCUCCUCCUCUUCCUCCUCUCGUCCUCCCGGCGCCGCCCGGCAACCUGCCGUCAGCUCCCGCUCCAGAAACUGGGACCAGCUACACAGCCAGCCAGUCCAGUACCUGCUGACACAUGUCGCUCCCACUCCUCUUCCAUCUGAGAAGCUUCCGGACCUCUGGGCGAAUCCCCGACCCAGCAGCUGUGUCAGAGCAGACGCUCCGCCUUUAUCGUCGUCGUCGUCGUCGUCCAGCUACAUGGUGGACUUCCGCCACAGACCAGGACCCUCUGAUUAUGGUAAGACAGGAAGAACCCUAACCACCGGUCCGGUUUCCUCGCGGGACCGACCCGCGGACCGGUCGGCAGGACGAGGGGAAAGAACUUGUCCUACCCGUCUCUCAGCAUCGGGAUUAGCUGGUUACAGGCCUCGGGCGCCUCCUGCCGAAGAGUAUCGACCCAAACCCCGGGGGCGACGCCCUGAGUCCGAACAGUCUUCCAUCAGGAGCGGCCGGGCCUCCGUGCCCUCCAGGCCAGAAGCUCUGGACUUCCACGGGACGCCGCCUCAGGUGUUCCCGUACUCUUGCUCUCUGUGUGAUAUCACUGUGCUGUCAGAGCAGGUUUGGAUCAAACACAUCAACGGCAGCCAUCAUGCGGACGGACAGCUCGGCCUGUUGCAGCGGUUUCCUAACUGGGACUGUCGCAUGGAGACGGUCGUCAGGUCUGACGACCAAUCAGAGAAGAGGAAGGAUGAGGAAAACCCCGCUCGGCCGCCGCAGGAAGCCAAUGAGAAUCCUCGACCGAACAAACAGCCCAAGAGGAAGACGUCGGAGAAAGGUAAAGUGGUGUGUGUGAAGUUUCCUGCUCAGUCUGUGGACGAGGCGUUUCUCAGGAAACUGACGGAACCGUUUGGAAAGAUUGUGAAAAUCCUCAUGUUUCCAUCUCUGGCGUUUGUGGAGCUCGGCUCCGUGGAUCAGGCCAAAGACCUGGUGAAGUUCCACGUCAAUUGUCCUCCAACGGUGAACGGAGAGCAGAUGGAGUUCAGCGUCUCCAACACAUUCAGCUUCCUGCAGAGCUCUCGGGUGGUGAGCUUCACUCCGGCUCCGUUGGGAGACGACGGCCAAUCAGAUCUCAUCGCUGUGGUCAAGCGCUUCGGCCCCCCGCUCUACACGCUGUUCCUUCCGUCCACGGCCUUUGUGGAGAUGAAGAACGUUCCAGACGCUCAGAAGCUGGUGGAUUAUUAUUCCUCCAACACUCUGAGGAUCAACAGCGACAUCUUCAAGGUUUCCUUCUCUGGAGAACACAGAAGUCUGAUGCGAGUCGCUGCUGCCCAGAGGUACGAGGAGGAGGAGGCGCCGUCGAGCAAGAGGGGGAGGAGUCACAGCCAAGAGCCGGACGGGAAGACCGAGACCGAGAGGAGGAGGUCCGGGUCCAGAGAGAAGAGGUCCAGGUCCAGAGAUAAAUCAAGUUCUAGAGAUAAGUGCAACAGAGAGAAGAGGACCGGGUCCAGAGAGAAGAGGACCAGGUCCAGGUCCAGAGACAAGAGGUCUGGGUCCAGAGAGAGAAGGAACAGGUCCAAAGAUGAAUCCUCCAGCAGGUCUUCGGAGCAGAACGGGUCCCGAGAAAAGACGGUGGAACCAGAGAAAAACUCUGGGUCCAGACCUGAACCUGAUCAGGUUCCUCUCACAGACUCUGGGUCCAGACCUGAAGCUGAUCCGGUUCCUCUCACAGACUCUGGGUCCAGACCUGAACCUGAUCCGGUUCCUCUCACAGACUCUGGGUCCAGACCUGAACCUGAUCCGGUUCCUCUCACAGACUCUGGGUCCAGACCUGAAGCUGAUCCGGUUCCUCUCACGGACUCCAGACCUGAACCUCCAGAGGACGAACAGAGCGAAGAGGAGGCCGAGUCGUCUGCAGACGAGAGCGACAUUGAGGGGAUGGAGGUAAUCGGAGAGGACGGAGAGAAUCUGGAGGACGAAGACAUGGAAACUCUGGAUGAGGAAGAAGAUAAACGUCCAGCAGAGAGAAGUGACUCGUCAGAAGAAGGAACGGAAAAGGAGGAGGUGGAGGAGGCGAAACAGGAAGUGGAAGAGGAGAAGGUGCAGGAAGUGGAAGAGGAGAAGUUGGAAGAAGACGAGGAGAACCCAGGUUUCCCUGUGGACCUGGAGAACUGCAUCACUCUGGAUGAACUGGACGAGGAUCAGUCUGAUGAUGAAGGGGGCGAAGCUGAACCUGAGGCUCCGCCUACCAGAGUCGUUUACAUCACAAACCUGCCGUCGCGUUUCUACAGUGACGCCUCCUUCGUCAAACUGGUCCGAGGUUUUGGGACGGCAGUGCGCUACUUCCUGAUCCGCCGCCAAAGCCAGGGUUUCAUCGAGAUGUCGACGUCGUCAGAGGCGCUGAGAGCUGCUCGACAGCUGAACUGUGAAUCGUUCCACGGCUCCAGACUCGCCGUCAACAUCUCGCACAAGUACAACCGACUGUCCAACGGCUACGAGGUUCAGCCGGACUCAGACGGGGAGAAGAGGAGCGAGCGGCGUAGCAAGUCCAGAACCUCCGACAGGAAGUCUGAGGGGAGGAAAGAGUCCUUGAAGAAGACUCCAGAGAAAGAGUCUGGAUCCAGAAAGUCCUCAGAGAAAGAGUCAGGCUCCAGAAAGUCCUCAGAGAGAGAGUCAAGAUCCAGAAAGUCUUCAGAAAAAGAGUCGGGAUCCAGAAAAAACACAGGGGUCAACGCAGGAUCCAGAAAGACUCCAGAGAAAGAGUCGGGAUCCAGAAAGUCCAAUGAUAAAGAGUCGGCAUCCAGAAAGACUCCAGAGAAAGAGUCAGGAUCCAGAAAGACCCCACAGGUUGAGUCAAAAUUCAGAAACUCCACAGAGACAGAGUCGGGAUCCGGAAAGUCCACAGAGAAAGAGUCGGGAUCCAGAAAGUCCACAGAGAAAGAGUCGGGAUCCAGAAAGUCCACAGAGAAAGAGUCGGGAUCCAAAAAGUCCACAGAGAAAGAGUCGGGAUCCAAAAAGUCCACAGAGAAAGAGUCUGGAUCCAGAAAGUCCACAGAGAAAGAGUCGGGAUCCAGAAAGUCCACAGAGAAAGAGUCGGGAUCCAAAAAGUCCACAGAGAAAGAGUCUGGAUCCAGAAAGCCCACAGAGGAAGAGUCGGCCAAUAAAAUGACUCCAGCAAAGGAAUUAACCCUGAAAAACGGGUCAGAAAAAAACUCUAGAACAACACCAGAGAAAGAAUCGUCCAAAACUUCAGACAAGGAGUCGUCGUCUAAAAACACUGAUGGGAAGAACUCGGCUGCCGCUGCCAGAACAGGUUCAGAAGAUGAGACAUUGAAAAGAAAAGGGGUGAGUGACGACGACUCGGUGCCUAAAAAGACCCUGAAGAUAGAAAGUGAAAAGGAGGCGUCAGCUGAUCAGACUGAAGAACAAACCCAACAGAAACCUGCGGCUGAUGAUGAUGAUCGACUCCUGGACUGUGGGGAUGCUGUGAAACUGGAACAGGAAGCGGAACAUGUGGGGGGUGCCGCCGAGCCCGAGAAACCCACCAAACCUGUUGGAACGAACUUUGUGCGGCCGGUUGUCGGUUACUUCUGCAACCUGUGUCAGUUGAUCUACGCCGACGAGGAUGAAGCCAAACUGCAGCACUGCAGCAGCCUGCCGCACUACAGGAAGUACCAGGAGAAGACGGGAAUCGAUCCGUGGACGAGCUGAGACGAACGAAUCUGUCGUUUGGAUUCACUUGAGUCACUUUGAGACAACGUUACCCGCAAGUCCAGAGCAGAAAAGUCAGUUGGACUAAAACCUUCUUUCAGAUUUGAUGUCUGUUGGUUUUCAAGAGUUUUUUCAAUAAUUGUUUGGUCGGUUGUUUUUGCUCGUGGACACUUCAGCAGAGUGAAGGGUUUGAAGAUGACGACACCGGUUACACUUAUUGUUUCCUGUUAUAAAGAAUUUUAUUUUUGAAGCGGCUUCAUCAGUUAAAUUUCUAAUGAUUAUUUUAAAAUAAAACCACCAGAACAAGUGUUUAUCAUAAUUUCUCUUAAAACAUCUGACAGACAUUUUAAUAUGGAAACAAACUUUCUUCACUAUGACGUUGUUGUGCCUCAGACAGAAGAUGACAUCACUGAGACAUGGACUUUCAGGACUCAUUUGAAGGAAGUGGUUUAUUUUAUAAAACGUAAAAUAAUCACCAACAUUAAAUGUUUAUGCUAAGCUAA